GUUGUCGGGCAGCCGGUGGCUCAGUGCGGGGCGCAGCGCGGAGCCCGGUCGGGACGCGGUGUCCCCGGUCUCCCGUCCUGUCUACUCUCCCCCCCCGCCCCCCCUCCAGCCGGCGGUGGAUGGGACUGUAAGCGGCGGGGUGACUUUUGCGGCGGCGGCCCCCAUGUUUUCCCCCAGCCAGGAGGAGCACUGCGCGCCCAACAAGGAGCCCGUCAAGUACGGGGAGCUGGUGGUGCUGGGGUAUAAUGGAUCCCUCCCUAAUGGUGACAGAGGACGCAGGAAAAGCAGAUUUGCCCUUUACAAGCGACCUAAGGCAAAUGGAGUUAAGCCCAGCACUGUUCAUGUGAUUUCUACUCCUCAAGCAUCGAAGGCAAUCAGCUGUAAAGGUCAGCACAGUAUCUCCUACACAUUAUCCAGAAACCAGACUGUUGUAGUGGAGUAUACUCAUGAUAAAGAUACAGACAUGUUUCAGGUUGGGAGGUCAACAGAAAGCCCCAUAGACUUUGUAGUAACAGAUACUAUUUCUGGAAGUCAAAAUAAUGAUGAAACCCAGAUUACGCAAAGCACCAUAUCCCGUUUUGCAUGCAGGAUUGUUUGUGACAGGAGCCCACCAUAUACAGCAAGGAUUUUUGCAGCUGGAUUUGAUUCUUCUAAAAAUAUAUUUCUUGGUGAAAAAGCAGCAAAAUGGAAAAAUCCUGAUGGCCACAUGGAUGGAUUGACAACUAACGGGGUGCUGGUCAUGCAUCCAAAAGGAGGGUUCACUGAGGAGUCCAAACCUGGCGUUUGGCGGGAGAUCUCGGUCUGUGGUGAUGUGUACACUCUCCGGGAAACCAGAUCUGCUCAACAAAGGGGGAAACUGGUAGAAAACGAGACCAACGUCCUACAAGAUGGCUCUCUCAUUGACCUGUGUGGAGCCACCCUUCUGUGGAGAACGGCAGAUGGACUGUUUCACACUCCAACUCAGAAACACAUUGAAGCUCUGCGACAGGAGAUAAACGCUGCCAGACCACAGUGUCCUGUUGGGUUAAACACUUUAGCAUUUCCCAGCAUCAACCGUAAAGAUGUGGUAGAAGAGAAGCAGCCUUGGGCGUACCUCAGCUGUGGUCAUGUUCAUGGCUAUCACAACUGGGGACAUCGCAGUGACACAGAAGCCAAUGAGCGGGAAUGUCCUAUGUGCAGAACCAUUGGCCCUUAUGUGCCUCUCUGGCUUGGUUGUGAAGCGGGCUUUUAUGUGGAUGCUGGUCCUCCAACUCAUGCUUUCACCCCUUGUGGACAUGUGUGCUCUGAAAAAUCUGCAAAAUACUGGUCUCAAAUCCCACUGCCUCAUGGUACUCAUGCAUUUCAUGCUGCCUGCCCUUUUUGUGCAACACAGCUGUCUGGGGAACACAACUGCAUCAAGCUAAUUUUUCAGGGUCCAAUUGACUGAUACCACUUUGCAAUGACCACAAUAACAUUGUCUUUAACAAUUUACUGUGAAGAUUUUGCCACUAACUCUAGAUUUUACCUUUUUUUAUAAUGUUAUUAAUAAGGUGGUAGGGUGGGGAUGGGGAACUGACAAGGAAAUUGUGAGGGACUGUGGUGGAAUUGGGAUACAUUGAUACCUGGAACUUGACAGAUAUCAGUGGUGUUGCAUGCUCAAAAGCAGCAUAUUCAUGAAGUCUUCUUGGUCAAAUUGUAGUAUAUUUGUAAUCUUUUUAUUAGUACCCUGGAUCAGAAAAAGGUGUCUUAAUGAUUUUUUUUAAGCUAAGAUUUUUUUAAUGGAAAGGUUUUUUCUUCUAAACUUUGACAAGCCUUUAAAAACCUAUUUUUCAAAUCUAGAAGGAACAUGCAGAAUGUAACUGUCUUUAAUUUGCAAUAUAAUUUAACUUGAAUAGUUUCUCAAGGAGCUAACACAGAAUGUGUGGACAACCAUAGGUGAAUGUUCACUAGAGAUAAUUGGGUACUUAAGAGAAAAAUUAGCUGCCUAAAUUGUAGAGUAUAAAAGCUAUUAAAAUAUCUAUUAUGGUAUAACACAGCUGGCCAAAAAGGCAUCAAGGAUUACUUGAAACUGAGGAAAUCCUGUUUGCAUUGAUUUCCUUUCAGUGUAAUAGAUAUCCACUGUUCAUUAUGUAUGGUAUAUGGCUGAUUUAUUUUUUCUUUCUUCUUUUUUUUUUCCCCUGUUUAACCUGCAUCUGGUGAAACUGCUUUACUUUUUACAUACUUAGUUCUGUUUUUUUAAGCCAAUGUUCUGUAUAUGUAUAAUCUGGCCUUUUUUAUUUCUGCUUAAGUUAGCUUGCCCUAACCGCUCCUUGCAUGCCCAGGACCAUUGGGUUAAUUGAGAUGUAGCGAGCCUUUAAAAACUGCAUUAAUAAAGGGGUAGUGCUGCAGCAAGACAGAAGGUUUAGGUACAACUUAUACAGAACUUACUUACAUAAACCUGAAUUCACAAGAGCACUUAGUUUGUGUUUAAAUAUAAGCCCAUGGAUGGGACUGUUUAAAUUCUCAAGUGCUUCAAUGGAUUGUGGUUAUAUGCUGUUAUGUUUUGAAAUAAAAAAGCAAUUAAGAAUAAGUUAAUUUUUUUAAGCUCACUUACUAGCCAGACUGCUGUAAGGAGAGCAUCAUUUCUAGUUCAGCUGAGUAUUUUUGUUCAGUUUUCAACUUGCUGCCAUCUGUCACCUUUUUUGCAGAUUGAGAUGUGUUUGUAUCCAUUUUUUUUUUUUGAAUGUUUGCAAAUCAAACAACAUUCAAAUGUAAUCAAAUAUAUGCACCAGGGUGGUACAUCUGAAAUGGAUCACUUGAAAUUCCUGACUUUUUAAGAGAGCUGGUAAAUGUUUACUAUGGAAAUAAUUAAAUCAGAAUUUCAUAUGAGAUGUACCCUGCCCACUGUUAGUUUCAUUUCAUACAGAAUGAUAACUCUUUGAUUUGUGGGUUUUUUCUUUUGCUUUCUGUACUCUUGGUAUCUGAGGUAUCAAUCUAUCCAGGUUAAAAAAAAAAAAAGAGAAUUUGGGAGAAAAUUAUAACAUCUCUAGAUGAAAUUGAUCAUUCAAGCUCAGUUCUGUUUAAUCAACUAUAGCUUUUUGCUAUACUUGUGCCCUUUGUAUAAAUAUAUAAUUUAUAUGAUUUUAAUAUAUACUGUAUAUAUAUACUUGAAUUGGCCUGUUCAUAUUUUGGUUGUAAAAUUGUUUUAUAGUUAACCUUAUAAACAUUUUACAUGUCCCUUGCCAAUGGUGAUGGGAUGUACUUUGUCUGCUGCUGUUUUUAAUAUAAUUUUGCUGUAUAAAUGUUCAGCAUUUUAAUAAUUUGAAAAUAGCUUUACUCUUCUUUUUAUGCUUUUGCUGUUAAAAAAAAAUAUUUUUUUUCUGCAGCAUUUUCUCUAACAAUCCCAAACUGUACAGGUUUUGUCCUACUCAGUGAUUGGAAAUAGGAUGAAUCUCAUUAACCUAAAACUAUAUGCUUCUUCCUAGUGCCUUUUCAAUGAGAUCCUCUUGUGAUUCUGUAUUCCGAGUCCUUACUCCCACAAGACAACCUUGUGGCUAAUCUUCAUCAAGAGUGGCAGCCCAACCAGACAGGGAAGAAACGCCUUUGGCCUUCAAUUCCUUGUCGUGGUUUCUGUCAUAAAUGUGAAGGUGCCUCUUCCUUGUUGCUAUUCAGUACAAGUUCCUCAGGUCCCAUAUGCAUACUGCAGCAUUAUUUCUAUUUAGCAUAUACCUCAUCUGCGAGAGGCAGCCUCACCUCCACCUUCUUCUUACUGGACUCCGUGAAAUACUUAACUCUAUUUCUCACAAGAGAUACUAUGAAAACACACUUCCGGGAAAUGUUCCUUGUUGAAUUAAGGUCGUGAGCCCUGUGUUAAUUCUGGUGGCCGGAGGUCUUGAGCUCCAUGUACAACAACUUCCAAGGUCUGGGGUGGCAACUGUAUUACUGAGCUGAUCAGGACUUGCAUGUGUAGUCUUUCUCUGAGCGUAAAUGGAUUGUAAAUGCGCAGGUUCCUAGGCAUCUCUGCUAUCGAGCUGCUUUACUUUUUUCCUUCAGUCUUGCAGUUUAAUUGCUGCCUCAGGGCUUCGUAUAGCUACGCCCUGUGCAAAGUGAAUGUACGGCAUUAGAGGAAUCCUCACUGGAAAUACUAGCACACCAUCUGGUUGUGGUGCGUCUGGCUUGCGUGAAGUGGUAGACUGGCUAAUGGUUUGUAUCCAAGGGAAGUGUCCAUUUGAAAAGACUGUUUUCAGUGAGAUUUUUGUUUCUUUCACUGUUGGCAGUUCUGUAUAACACAAGAAAUACUGCAGGAAGGAUAAUACUCCUCUUACCUGGGAAACAAACUUCCAUAGUUCUUUUGUAUGAAUCCAGGUACUUUGCCAUUAAUUGGUAUUGAAAUCUAGGGCGAAUCCCGCAGAGCUGGAUUUACUGGGAAGGCAGGAGACCUUGUAGCAUUGUUUUUCUCAAACGCUGCUGCCACAUCUGCGGCUCUGAUCAAAUGAGGGACCUUUUGGCUGCUUAGCCUUUUUCUCCUCUUCAGUAAACACACACCUUCACUGGUCUGGUAACUCAAUUGGAGGAAGGUGUUUCUGGAUAAAUAAGACCGGUUCUGUUUGGAGGGAGUAAACUUGAGAACCACCCUCAAACUUUGUUUUGAAAGUUUAUUUAAUGAUUUCGGUGUUAUGAUAUUUUUUGCACACCAUUUCAAAUGCUGGCAAUGUAUUCUGUAAGGAUUUUUUCACCUGUUACUGUUGAUUCCAUUUGAAUGCUUCAAAACCAGGUUUGACUGCAUAACUUACAGCUAAAAGUAUUUUUCUAGUCUAAUCUUAAAAAAAAAAAAAAAAACAAAAAAAAACCAAAAAAAACACACCACCAAACACAAAAUGUCAUAUCCACGCAUGCUGAAGCUGUAACACUUUCCUUUUUCCUGGCAACUUUUUGAUAGUGCUGAAGUCUAAAUAGAUGACUGAGUGGUGAGUGUUGUUCUUAUUUUGAAUCAUGGUCCAAGUUGUACAAAAGAGCUGGCAUGAUACUGCAUUUUAAUCACAAAUUUUUUUCAAAUGUGGUCACUCUGUGCCUCAGGGUACAGUAAAUUGUACUGUACUGGCAGAGUAAUUAAAGGAAGAUUUAUUUUUUUCUUUGUGGGGGUGGGAAUGGGACUCAGAAAGGACAAAAGCCAUUGUCAGGCUGGUUCCAGCAGGGACAGAACCACCUUGAAGCAAAGACAUGCCAGGAGCCGAUCAGAAAUGUGAUUGUAGCUGUUCCUGCUUUCAGACCUGGUUCAUGCUCUAAAAAGGAUUCUCCUUGGGUUGUUAGAAGCUGCGGGAUGACAUGGAAAGGCUGUGAUCUUCCCAACAAAACACUCUGGUGUUUUAAUGGUGGUUCCUGGAAUUUGAGGGUUCCGCUUCACAGCCUGAGUGAGGAGCAGAGAUGCUGACUGAAUCACAGUGAGAAACUUCAAUAGUCUCUGAAGGGAACUUACUUGUUUUUUAACUCCACACACCACCGAAGAGAAACUGUGGGUUUCAACUGUGGUAACUCUCCCUUCAGUGCUGUUGCAGUAGCUGAUUGCUUUGAUCACCAUUUUUUCAUUCUUCUGGAAGUGGAAGGAAACUUCUCCAACACCAUCAUGUUUUUCUUCAUCCAGCUCACCGUCUUGACCCUUUUCUGGGCCCAGAGAACUGUCGGCAGUGAUCCGGCCAUCUUGAGACCUGAUAGAGGCACUUAAAUGCAUUUUUAGUGUGGUAGGAAAACUGCCCUGGCUUGGCUCCUCCUUUUGCUUAAGAGCUGCACAUAUGCUUUUGAAAUGAGCUGUGCUUGUCUGCUUUUUGCAGAGGAACGCUCUGUCACAGGUGGUUGAGUCUUGUUUUCCCCGAGACUUGUUAACAUGCCGCAUUUGAUGCCGACUGGAACAGCCAGGUAGAGCUGUUGAUGGGAACAGGUAGGAGCAGAUGUCUGUUAGGUGCUUGAGCUGUGUAGGUGUGGGCAGCCCAGCUAUUCUGCAGUGUUCUGGCCAAGGAUUCCUCCUCCUCAUUUGCUCAGUUUUCAGCCUCCUGUGAGUUCUUGGCUCCUCUCACUUUCUAUUUAUCCAUGUAGUUGCAGGUAAACAAGUAAAUACAGCUUGGAAAGAAAACAAGGAAGAGAAUUAAAAGAUACCUUCAGGCUUGCUUAUCUCUUCAAGGAAAAUAUAUGAAUUGGAGUUGCAAAUGUCUCUUACAGACUUUUCUCGUUAUUAUGAUUUUUUUUUUAUAAGCACCCUUCACAAGUCUCCACACUUGGUGAUGUGAAUUAAAAGGCAAAACUUAGAAGGUAAAGCUGGUUUGGGGUGGGUGGUGGGUGGAGGGGGAUAGUUUCUAGGAUGAAGUCGCAGUAGUUCUGCGGGCCCCGUGCAACCUGGUCCCAUUGACUGCAGCAGACGCCUCGGUCUUGAAAGAAGAGUAGGGUCAGCCUCGACGGGUAGGAAAGUCAGAGCUUUACUUUGUGUUGAUCAGAGUUUUAAUUUAUUGGCAGUGGAACAAAAAUAUGAGUUGCUUGGACCACCAAACUACAGACAAAGCUGGUGGCUGUCAAGGUUUCCUCUUAACGGGGCAUAUAUCUACCUUCCUGGUGGGCAAGCCAGUCUCCAGGUCACCUGGAAGUACCUUCUGUUUGUGUCAUGGUGAUUAGGGAUGGGUAUCACUUUCCUCUCAGAUUAAAGAUGCCAUGGAGAGCCCCUGGAAGGCUCCUUCUUGUGGCACAACUGUAGGAAAAGUCUCGUUCACACACAGCAAGCCCUUUACAAUGGAGAAGUGAUGUUUACCUUUAAACAGUGUUAGCAGCUGUUAAAACUUCUGGGUAUAUUUGUAAAAUUGGUCUUUUAUACACCAUGUGAAAUGGACUGAAAUAAUUUCUUUGUUGUUGUACCUGUGGAAGUACAAGCCAUUUUACAGGGAAAAAAAAAUUAAAAAAAAAAAAAAUUAAAAUAUUAUCUCAGUAUUGUCCCAGACUCCUUCAUUUUUUUUUUCCCCUGCUGGUUGGUUGUCAGGGUUUAACUUUGAUUUGCAAAAACUUACUUCAGAAAUAAACAGUUUCUCUUACUCUUUUUAUCCCCUUUCUUCUCAACAAACAAAAGCCUUUGAGGAUUCUUAAGUAUUCAAGGUAGUGGAGUGUAUUCAGGUGUGAGUGCCCUGAAAUUUCAGUUAAUUCACUUCCCUGAUUUUUAAAUUGAACUGUUUGUUUUCAAUGCCAACUGCCUUCUUGCGGUGUUAACAUAAUUGCUAAAUAAAGCAAUUUCCAGGAAUAAUAUGCUUUGUGACUCUUAAAAUUAAUUUCCAUAAUGGUAAUUCAGUGUUUUGUUUGCAUCUGUGUAUUCAUCCCUUUUUGUGUGCUGUCCCUGG